UAACAGAAAAAAACAAAAUAAAGCUCCAGUUCAGUCUUCAGAGACUAUUUCAGUCGGUCCGAAAAGUCUGAGACUUCAACUCCCCUUCCUCUCGAUCUCUCCGCCUCUCAGCCUUCCCUCCCUCACUGCUACUAAACGACCUCGUUUGGAUCCCAGUUCUUCAGCUCUUCGCUCUCUAAUUGCUCGCAUUUCUUGCAAUGCUGAUGAGUUGAAGGUCGAAUUCGGUUUCUGGGGCUCUGGCUUGAACAACAAGGUACUCCAAAGCGCAAUUAACACGGAUUGAAAUUUGGAUUUUCAUUUGGGAAAAGAUGGGUCCUUACAUUGUUGGUGCGUUUAUUCCUCUGUUACUAACUAUAAUAGUUCAGAAAUCGAAGAAAGCGAAGCAACGGGGUGUGCCCGUUGAUGUUGGUGGGGAACCCGGGUAUGCAAUCCGAAACCAUCGGUACACUGCCCCAGUUCAAACACUAUGGGAAACUGUUACAACUCUUGCAGAGCUUUUCGAGCAGUCAUCCAAGCGGUUCCAGGAUAAAUGCCUUCUUGGAACCCGAGCAUUGAUUGCAAGGGAGGUUGAAGUAUCAAAGGACGGAAGAUCCUUCGAGAAGCUUCAUUUGGGGGAGUACGAAUGGCUAACAUAUGGACAGGCAUUUGAAGUUGUAUGCAACUUUGCUUCCGGUUUAGCUCAACUCGGGCAUCAAAGGGAGGAGAGAGUGGCAAUCUUUGCUGACACUAGAGAAGAGUGGUUUAUUGCAUUGCAGGGUUGUUUUAGGCGCAAUGUCACUGUUGUUACCAUAUACGCAUCUCUUGGGGAGGAGGCUCUAUGUCACUCACUAAAUGAGACGGAAGUUACAACUGUGAUUUGUGGGCAAAAAGAACUUAAAAAACUUCUACACAUAAGUGGACAACUAGACACAGUAAAGCGAAUCAUAUGUCUGGAUGACGAGAUCCCGUCUAGUGCCUCAUCUGUUGAAAGUCGAUGGCAAAUCACUUCAUUUGAUGAUGUCGAGAAACUUGGCCGAGAAAACCCUGUUGAUCCUGAUUUACCUCUUCCAGCAGAUAUUGCCGUCAUUAUGUAUACAAGUGGAAGCACUGGAUUACCCAAGGGUGUAAUGAUGACACAUGCUAAUGUGCUAGCUGUAGUUUCUGCCGUCAUGACUAUUGUUCCUGGCCUUGGAAGCAAGGAUGUUUAUCUGGCAUAUCUUCCCCUUGCUCAUAUCCUUGAAUUAGCAGCGGAGAACGUCAUGGUUGCUGUUGGAAGUUCCAUAGGGUAUGGAUCUCCAUUGACCCUUAUUGAUACAUCAAGUAAAAUAAAAAGAGGAACAAGGGGGGAUGCAACUGCACUUGCACCAACCGUAUUGACAGCUGUCCCUGCAAUUCUUGACCGUGUUCGAGAUGGAGUGCUCAAUAAGGUAAAUGCAAAGGGUGGACUAGCCAAGAGAUUGUUUCACUUGGCAUAUGCUCGUAGGUUGUCUUCUGUGAAUGGCAGUUGGUUUGGGGCUUGGGGCCUGGAAAAGUUUCUGUGGGACCUUCUUGUGUUUAGAAAGGUCCGUGCAGUUCUAGGAGGUCACGUUCGUUUUAUCCUUUCUGGUGGUGCCCCUCUCUCGGGUGAUACUCAAAGAUUCAUCAACAUUUGCAUUGGUUCUCCAAUUGGCCAAGGGUAUGGCCUCACUGAAACUUGCGCUGGUGGGACAUUCUCAGAGUUUGAUGAUACUUCUGUAGGUCGAGUUGGAGCUCCGCUUCCUUGCUCAUUUAUAAAGUUAAUUGAUUGGGCUGAAGGAGGAUACCUGAAAACCGAUACCCCAAUGCCUCGUGGAGAGAUAGUCAUUGGUGGCCCAAAUGUUACACUUGGUUAUUUCAAAAAUGAAGAAAAAACAAGAGAGUCAUACAAGGUCGAUGAGAAGGGAAUGAGGUGGUUCUAUACGGGUGACAUAGGGCGAUUUCAUGCUGAUGGUUGUCUUGAGAUAAUUGACCGUAAGAAGGAUAUAGUCAAACUUCAGCAUGGGGAGUAUGUCUCCUUAGGAAAGGUUGAGGCUGCUCUUUCAGUUUGCCCCUACAUCGACAACAUCAUGUUGCACGCUGAUCCUUUUCAUAGUUACUGUGUGGCUCUGGUGGUGGCUUCUCAAGUCACGGUGGAAGAUUGGGCUUCAAAGCAAGGAAUCGCUUUUACUGAUUUUGCAGACUUGUGUUCGAAAUCAGAAGCCAUAAAAGAAGUGCAAGCAUCACUUGUAAAGGAAGCAAAGAAUGCGCGUUUGGAGAAGUUUGAGAUCCCUGCCAAAAUCAAGUUGCUUUCGGAACCAUGGACUCCAGAAACCGGCCUGGUCACUGCAGCCCUGAAGCUCAAGAGAGAUGUCAUUAGGAAGGCGUUCACAGAAGACCUCUCCAAGUUAUACGCUUCGUGAUAAAUCGAUGGAACCACCAGAUUUCGUUUCUCCAUUUUAUUUGUGGCCUUGGGAGGUUUAAUGCAAGCCAAAGGAUUAGUGUUAGGGAAAAUUCGUUGAGUUUACUUGUAUUAAGCUACUCUCCAAGCAAUAAGAGGAAUGAGGAUAUUAGUGUAAUUAUGUUAGCUACUGAAGCAAAGUGGUCAGAUUUUUUUAUUGGUUA